GUCGUCACAUGAACCCUCUCCAUUUCCUGCAACGUGCCAUUAUCGACUUGGUAGGAAGAUAAUGCCGGCCGAGCAAGAUGAACGGGUCUCAUAAUGGCCUUCCGCGCGCUUCUGCUCGCCUACGUGCUUGGCGGCUUGACCUUCGUCCCACUCCUCAUUGCGGCCAUCGUGAUACCGGCGUGGUAUCUACUUCCGCGAGCUGCCUCGGCGGAGCUUACUGCACACGAGCAACAGGAGCAACAGGCGGACAAUAACAAGGGCAAAGAGCGGGCAGAAGAGAAGGCAGCCAGUCUCGGCAAGCUGUCAGGGGAUGCAGCAGCCAGCGGCACCUAUGCUGUCCUCCGACGUUACGACUUCCAGGCCGCUCUCACCGCGCUUGAUGGUCGACAGAAUAGCAGUGCAGGCGUCAAAGGGGGCUCGGGCGGGGAAGGCCUGACAGGCACCGAGUCCGCGGGGGGCACUGCCGCCGAGUCGGUCUAUCAGAGCGUGUACCGCUCCGUCUUCGUAGGAAGCAAGAGCACGAGCAGCACAACGUCUCUGCUCCAGGAUCCUGAUGGGGACUCUUCCCUUUCUCGUCGUAAACUGCCUCCUGCCAAUCUCCUCUACAUUGUCCUGCGCCACGGGCACCUCAUGCUCUAUGAUUCGCCAGCACAAGUCGAGGUCAAGCAUGUCCUCAGCCUCGCACAUCACGAGGUUUCGUUGCAGGCUGGCCCACACAACGAAGGUCUCUGCGAAGAGUCGCAGAUCCUCGAAGCCGACCUGUUCACCAAAAGAACCGCCAUCGUGCUCACGCCUGUGGAGCUCCCCCAGGGAGCAAUGCAAGCUGCCGCCCCGACAUCUGCAAAGCCAUUCUAUCUCUUCGCCGCGACCAAUAUUGACAAAGAGGACUUUUAUCAUGCCCUGUUAUCUAAUCGCGUUCGCCCACCGACGCCGAGGGCCCUAGAUCCAGAUGCCUUGAUCAAGCUGCAGUCCUCCCUGCACUCCUCUUCUCUGACAGCGGAGUCACGUGCCAUUGACGCGCUCAUUGGCCGCCUAUUUCUGGCACUACAUCGCGUCCCAUCGCUGUCAGGCUUUGUCCGGGCCAAGCUAGAGAAGAAACUCAAUCGCAUUCAGAAGCCGGCCUUCAUACCCUCGUUGCUAGUGCAGUCCAUCAAUCUUGGCGAUGCCGGUCCCGUGUUCUCGAAUCUGAGACUGCGAGAUCUGAAUAUUGACGGAGAAAUGACAUUAGCUGCAGAUGUGAAGUACAAUGGCCGGCUUUCUGUGACACUUCUUGCAGUUGCUAAGCUGGAUCUCGGCACGCGAUUCAAGGUACGAACGGUCGAUUUGGCUCUGAAGACGAUCGUGCAGCGUAUCAGUGGGACUAUGCUCCUUCGAAUAAAGCCACCUCCCUCGAAUCGAAUCUGGUUCUGCUUUGAGAACGUGCCUGAGCUAGAUGUACGUGUCGAGCCAGUGGUCAGUGAGAGGAAAAUCACGUACGGCUUCGUGCUGAGGGCCAUCGAGGAAAGGUUGAGAACUGCAUUCAAAGAAGGCCUCGUUAAGCCUAAUUGGGACGAUAUCCCCAUGCCGUUCUCCGACACCGUGGGCACGUGUGCUAGAGGAGGCUUGUGGAGUGAUCCGGGUGCUCCUGAUGUUCACGCCCAACUUCGGCCAGAUGAUACGCUCGCUAAGCGCAAUGAAAAUUCCACAUCGUUGCCCGAUCUUGUACCAGACCUUGCAGACGGCGCCUCUACGGGAGUUGAUGCCCAUCCUACGCUCAACACAGCCAAAGUCCGCCAUUCCUCGACGAUGCCGCCGGAAUUAUCUUCAGACCGGUCCCCACGUCCUCCUCGUCCCUUACGAACGCCUUCCGUCUCAUCGUCCCCAAUUACUGCCGUAGAUGGCCAAAAUGUGGAGCCAGUACGAGGUGACGAUGCCUCGCUGCGAGCGCAACCAUCUAGGAAGCUGUGGCGACCCAAGGGUUCGACUGAAAUUCCUGUACAGAAAGAUGCUCUUGCAGGACUACGAGAGCUCCAAAGUCGAGCGGAGCAGCUCACGGCUCCCACCGCUGCUGAGUUAGACGGACAGAUCUCAGCUAGAUCGAGUCAGGAAGGGGCCUGUCGCAGUUAUCCUACCAGUGUGGCCGACGAAGAUUGCUCUGCCAGCGGACAAUUUAACGAUCCUUCUUCGACUACAGGGUCAGGCACACCAACGCCAUCCACUCGGAGUACAGUGUCAAUACAGUCGACUGCUGCAUCAAGCGAAUCAGAUGUGCAGUCUCAGAGCAGAAAAGCAUAUAUUCUUGCAGCGACGGUCAAUGCAACGACAGCUGCAAAGAACUGGAGCUGGAAUGCAUUACAACGCAAUAGAGGCGGCAUCUCCCGACCAGAAAAGCGUCAAGACGUGGGGGCUCAGCAGCCCAUCGGUCGCGGUAUGCCUCUUCCGCCGCCUGGUCAACCGCUUCCAGGUCCACAGAAAGGUAUUUGGGGUGGGGCUGGAGCCCUUCGGCGAAGAGCAGUGCCUUCCACGGGUACUCCGCCGAAACCUUCAGAGCAGCAAUCACGAAGCAAAGGAAACGCACAAGCAGUGGUGCAACGUGUCUCUUCGUCUGCAAGUGAAGAGGCACUGUCAGCCACCGAGGAGGAGUUUCAGCCGUGGCAAGAGAACAGUGGUCUCUCACAACCGAACGUCCACGAUGUGCCAAUUAGCGAAUCCGGGUCUGAUACCAUGCCAUCAAGACAAGUUGGCAUCCACGAUGCUACCACAGCUGAGUCUGGUGAGCCCUCGAAUGUAGCUGCGUAUGGGUCACAUCUGUCCUUGGCCGACGACGACCUGCGAUCCCGGAAAAUACCGCCGCCACUGCCUGCGCGACCGAAUCAGAUUUUACCAGUCAAUAAGGCCAACUCAAGUCGAAGGCAAAGUCGAAGUCGAGCAUUUUCCACAUCCACAUCCGACUCGCCUGAUGUUGGCAUAGCUACCGCUCCCGCAUUGCGCAUACCAGAAACCGAAGUCUCGGCCGUCGCCAAUGAGAUCUCCAAGACGAAAUCUUCUGGCAGGCUAUCUUCCCUCCAACCGUCACCUACUAGCCAUGAUAUACUCGCCGCAAAUCAUCCGGUUGUAACUGCUGAAACUAAGAACAACGGCUACUUCACAUCCGAACGAUUAGAUGCUCAUGUUCAUAUGACUGAGGGAAGCUCUUCGAAGGCCGCGCCGCAGCUCAAUCCAGUGGAAUCUGGGACCGGAAUCGGCGGAGAACAUGAUGAAACAGCUGCCAAGCGUUCGAAAGGCGAUUAUGAACUGUCACAGGACGUACGGCCAGACCGAGAAUCUGAUUAUAAAGCUCUCCUGGCGAAUGGUCGCUCCGAAGAAGCGAAGUAGCUCCUCGUAAAAGAAGGUGACGACGAGGCGCUUGCCACUGUCCUGUUAAAAAUGAGGGAGCGUGCGCCAGCCGCUGGUACAGAUAACAGCACUGCGGCGCAGCACAAAAGCUCUGACUCGGUUGGUUUUAGCGAUGGAUGGCCCGGCCAUUGAAUGGCCAGAAUAUGUCAAGUAGCCAAGGCACAGUCCCAAGGUAGAAGACAUGUUAUCUAUAUUGUGCACGGCCGUCCUCACUCACGCCGCA